UUUUAAUUCUAGCUCCAUUGCCGGUUUCUCCCCUUUGAUUUACAUUGAUUUACAUUGUCUUCUUUUCUUUCAAGUCUUCGCAUGUGCAUAAAUAAUUGAUCCAGUUUGUAGUUGUCUAUACGCAUGAAAGGAACCAUCUUCUUCGCAAAAAGCAACAACCCACCCAAAAACCCUUUUCAAUGCCUCUACGACUCCUCAAGUUUUGCCUCCAGGAUGGAGAAUGGGCCGCCCUGCAAUUUCGGUGCAGGUCUCCGGACAAAUAUUCGAGCCGAGCACGAAUAUAUAUCCAAAUACGGAAUCUGGGUCGGGUUGACUAUGAUCUGGCAAGUCGAGAAUCAACCCGUAGCCCCACUGGAAAUACGUACCAUUUGGCGAGCGAGGGAUAGUUACCCG